AGAUGCAAACAAUUCUCUAGCUAAAUUAAAAUCCACGUUAAAUAAAAUCGUUAACUUAACUGAAGAAUACAAUCCAAUUGAAAUUGUUUUUUAUAUUGAUAUAUUAGAAAAUAAUAUUGUAAUAUUUUUACCACCUAAAGAUGAUGAACUCAAUAAAAAAAUAAAUAAACUAUUCAUAGACGCCACCAGACCAUACAAACCGAUACUACUUUUUGCAGAUGAUGAUGAUGAACCUCCUAAUCCACUUAUGCAAAAACGUCAAGAAAGUUCUAGUGGCUCAAUAUCUGGAAUGAUUUUAAGUGGAGAUGGCAUAGCUGGUGCGGGUGAUUGUGGGGGAAUUGUAUUUUCUUACCGAGAUUUGCGUUUGGUGAGUCUAAUCGGUAUAUUCAGUGCAUCUGGGUAUGUUUCUGUAACUGUACCAUUGAGAACAAUUCUCGAUAAAUUUGAAGUAGAGCCUUAUUUACUUAAAUCUCUCGAGGACCCUGAAGAUAUCAAUUCUUGA